CCAUUCGUUUGUCUGGUCUGCCCUGCACUCUGGUUAGGUCCUUGCUCUUUUGAUCCGUUGACUCUGCCAUCCUAGUGAGUCACAUACGAUUACAUGUAUACAUGCUACCUUCUUCACACUUCACAGGCAAACAAAGAAGAAGGGGGUGAUGGAUGUGGCCUCCCUUCCUGUCCUUGCGUUCUUAUUCUUGAUAUUGAGUUCUCUCUGCCAAUGCAAUGACCAAAUGACACAAGGAAAGCCACUCUCUCCUGGCGACAUGCUUAUCUCUGAAGGUGAGGUCUUUGCUCUUGGUUUCUUCUCCCCAGCCAACUCCAGUAAGAAUUUAUACAUUGGAAUUUGGUACCACAACAUCGCCAAGCGCACCGUGGUGUGGGUUGCAAAUCGUGACAACCCAAUCACCGCACCUUCAUCAGCGAGGCUUGCCAUCACCAACAAUUUAGAGCUGUUGUUGUCCGACUCAAAAGGACACACUCUUUGGACAACCACAAACAAUGUUAACAUUGGAGGUGCUGGAGCUUUUGCAGUGCUGCUCAACUCGGGGAACUUUGUCCUUCGACUGCAAAACGGCACAGACAUAUGGCAAAGCUUUGAUCACCCAACCGACACCAUCCUUCCAACCAUGAGAUUCUUGUUGAGCUAUAGGGCACAUGUGGCCACCCGCCUCAUUGCAUGGAAGGGCCUUGAUGAUCCAUCUACAGGGGACAUCUCCAGCAGCAUCGAUCCUCGCUCAAACCUUCAGGUCUUCAUUUGGAAUGGGACUUUGCCAUACUACCGCACUGCUAUAGUUAGUGAUCUCUCAGUGUCCGGCAGCAUAUACCAGAGAAAUGCUGCCUAUUUCUUGUACCAAACGGUAGUCAACACAGGGGACAACUUCUACUAUAGUUACACAGCUUCUGACAGCUCACCAUACACACGUGUCUUGCUAGACUACACUGGCAAAAUGAGUCUCCUGAUCUGGAACAACAUCACAUCAUUAUGGACGGUCGUUUCUGAGCCCCCAAGCGGUUGUGAUCUCUACGCCUCAUGCGGCCCAUUUGGUUACUGCGACCACACGGGGGUUGCCCCAACAUGUCAAUGCCUUGAUGGAUUCGAGCCUGUAGACACUGUCAACUUUUCAAGGGGAUGCCGGAGAAAGGAAGCGCUGAAAUGUGGACAGGAAAACCAUUUCUUGACCUUGCCUGGAAUGAAGAUUCCUGACAAGUUUGUGCACAUCAGGAACAGAAGCUUCGACCAAUGCGAAGCUGAGUGCAGCAGAAAUUGCUCCUGCUUGGCAUAUGCUUACGCCUACUUGAGUAAUGCUGGCACCAUGGGCGAUACAUCAAGGUGCUUGGUUUGGACUGGGGUUCUCAUUGACACUGGUAAGGCCACAACUGCACCUGCGAACUUGUAUCUCCGACUUGGAGGGUCUCCAGUUAAAAAUAAGAGCAAUUUAGCAAAGAUUCUACUCCCUAUUAUUGCAUGCCUGCUGUUAAUUGCAACCACAGCCCUUCUCUGGAUAUACAAAUACAGAGGUAAAUGGAAACAGAAGGAAAUCCAAAAGAGAAGGAUGCUAGAAUACUUGAGGUCUACAGAUGAAGAUGGGGACAAAAAUAUAGAGUACCCUUUUAUUAGCUUUGAAGACAUUGUUGUAGCAACAGAUAAUUUCUCAGAGUCCAAUAUGAUUGGGAAGGGAGGUUUUGGAAAAGUGUACAAGGGAGUGUUGCAAGAUGCCACGGAAGUAGCCAUCAAGAGACUUGGUAAGGGUUCUGGACAAGGCACUGAAGAGUUUAGAAAUGAAGUGGUCUUGAUUGCAAAAUUACAGCACAGGAACCUAGCUAAGCUUCUCGGUUACUGUAUUCAUGAAGAUGAGAAGUUGUUGGUAUAUGAGUACUUAUCUAACAAAAGCUUGGAUUACUUCCUCUUUGACUCUGAAAGAAAGCCAGUGCUUCAAUGGCCAUCAAGGCAUAAGAUAAUCCAAGGGGUAGCCAGAGGAAUUCUUUACCUCCAUCAAGAUUCAAGACUAACAAUAAUUCAUAGAGAUCUCAAAGCAAGCAACAUCUUGUUAGAUAAAGAGAUGAUCCCUAAGAUAUCAGAUUUUGGUAUGGCUAGGAUAUUCUGUAGCGAUCAACACCAAGCAAAUACUAAUCGGGUUGUUGGGACAUAUGGUUACAUGUCGCCUGAAUAUGCAAUGGAAGGUGCAUUUUCAGUCAAGUCUGACACCUACAGCUUUGGUGUUCUACUAUUAGAGGUUGUGAGUGGAUUAAAAAUUAGCUCACCACACCUUAUCAUUGAUUUUCCUAAUCUUAUAGUCUAUGCAUGGAACCUAUGGAAGGAUGGAAAAACAGAAAAUUUGGUGGACUCGUCUGUUAAGGAGAAUUGUCCCCUAGACGAAGUUUCACGAUUCAUCCACAUUGGACUUUUGUGUGUUCAAGACAGUCCAGAUUGUAGGCCACUAAUGUCAGCAGUUGUGUCCAUGCUGGAGAACAAAACCAUACAGCUCCCGAUACCAAUGCAACCUAUGUAUUUUGCACGCAGAGAUGCUGAACCUGGAAGAAACGGUGAUAACAUGGCAUUUUCCUCGAACGAUAUGGGCUUCACGGAGCUCGAAGGCCGUUAAAUGUUCAUGACAACUUUUACUCUAGGUGAAUUUCAGCAAUUUGGAAUAGUGUAACAAUUUUUGCAAUCAUUAAAUCUUUGCUUAACUGUACAUGGGUAGUUUUCAGCAUAUCUGAUGGUUCCGUCUGCACUGUUACUACAUGAAAAAAGCUAAGCUCGAGUUGAAUGCACGUGAGAAAAGAAAGAACUAUGAAUGGUACAAGAAGAAUUGAUGAUCUUUAUACG